UGCUGCGCAACGUGACGUCAGUACGUUGAGACUUUCGUUUUCAUUUCUACCGACUCGAUGUUGUUGUCAUAAUCGUUAGAUAAGCAAACAUGGCGGGGUUGGAAGUAUUGUACACCUGUUUCGGUGGCAGUGUCACCUGUCCACAGGACGCCGUGGUGUGUUUCGUUCACUGGGAGAUGAUAAAGAGCGGGUACAGGUGCGUCGGCUCCGGAGACGAGCCCCGCAACAAUGAUAAGAAGUCUGAGCUGCUGCCUGCAGACUGGAGCGCCACCAAGGAGCUGUACAGUCUGAGAUAUAAACCCAAAGACGGCGACACCACGCUGCUGCUCAAAGCCAUCGUUGUGGACUCCACUCUGAUCUUCAACCUGAUGAGCUCCAGCACUCAGCAGGUGUCAGACUUGACGGUGAACAUCAGUGACCACGUGGAUGCUGAACAGCUACAAACAUUUGACAGAGUGUUUAAGGACACAGACAGUCUGUCGGAGAAGGUCAGGACUCAGCUGCUGCCCCCUCAGGACAGACCGGCGCAGAGGACGGAGAGGAGGAGUCGGAGGGACGAGGACGAGGAGCAGAGACGGAGAGGAGAAGACAGCGACCCCCUCCGUAUCCCCAACAGACACCCUCGACAGGGAACACAGCCCAACUGGCCAGAUCCCAUGCACCCUUUUGCAGCAGGAGGAGCAGAUCUGGAUCCCUUCGGCUCUCGUGGCGGUGGCGGGAUGAUCAUGGACCCUUUGAGGUCGGGGUAUCCUCGCUCUGGUUUUGACCCUUCCAGCGGUAUCCCAGACAUCCUGCCCCCUGGAGCCGUCCCCUCCGGAGCUCGCUUCGACCCAUUUGGACCAGUGGGACGACACAGACCGGGACCAGACAGAGACCACAUGCCCCCGCCCGGAUAUGACGACAUGUUCAUGUAGUUCCCUUCUCUACUUCUGUCUCUCUCUCCCUCCCUCCUCCUUCUGACAGCUUCGUUUACUAAACAUUCUACUUAGAUAAAAACUCAAGAAGAAGAAGCAGCGUUCUCUCAGGAGGCAGAUGAACAUCUCUGGAUUGAACUUGUGCAUAGAUAUGAAUGAGGAGAACACAUGUUCAUAUUUAUCUCAUUUUUACUUUGAAGAUGGAAUCCUUCUUUUCUUUGGAUUGACCAGAAUAAAAAAAAAACUGGCUUGUUAAAAUAUUUGAUGCUGAAAUUCUCCAAUAAAAACGUCAAACUUUA